AUCGGCAGCAAGAUCAGCCUCAUCUCCAAGGCGGAGAUCCGCUACGAGGGCAUCCUCUACACCAUCGACACCGAGAACUCCACCGUAGCCCUCGCCAAAGUUCGAUCCUUUGGUACAGAAGACAGACCAACAGAUCGUCCAAUACCACCUCGAGAUGAAGUCUUUGAAUACAUUAUUUUCCGAGGGAGUGAUAUUAAAGACCUCACUGUUUGUGAGCCACCGAAACCGCAGUGUUCUUUGCCUCAAGAUCCAGCUAUCGUUCAGUCUUCAUUAGGUUCAUCUGCUUCUUCAUUCCAGUCAGUGGGUUCUUAUGGACCUUUUGGCAGGAUGCCCACGUACAGUCAGUUCAGUCCAAGUUCAUUAGUCGGGCAGCAGUUUGGUGCUGUUGGUGUUGGUCGUUCAAGCCCUCAGUUAGACCCUUUGAGAAAAAGCCCAACCAUGGAACAAGCAGUGCAGACCGCCUCAGCCCACUUACCUGCUCCAGCACCUGUUGGGAGAAGGAGCCCCGUAUCAACCAGGCCUUUGCCAUCUACCAGCCAAAAAGCAGUAGAGAAUCAAGAGCACAGGCGAGCCGAAGUACACAAAGUUUCAAGGCCAGAAAACGAGCAACUCAGAAAUGAUAGCAAGAGACAAGGAGAUACACUGAUACAGGAAGGCUUGAAUGAUGUAGUGCGAUUUAGAGGGAGACAAGAACGAAGACCAACCUGGGCUGAAGAGAGAAGAUUAAACGCUGAAACAUUUGGAAUCCCACUUCGUCCAAACCGUGGCCGUGGCGGGUACAGAGGCAGAGGAGGUCUUGGUUUCCGUGGUGGCAGAGGGCGUGGCGGUGGCAGAGGUGGUACCUUCACCACGCCUCGAGGAUUUCGUGGUGGAUUCAGAGGAGGUCGAGGGGGCAGGGAGUUUGCAGAUUUUGAAUAUAGGAAAACCACAGCUUUUGGACCCUAAAAGGUCUGGAUUGAUCGUACUGCUUUCUGAAAGGUAAAAAAAAAAA